AUGAACUGGAUGCAGCCGCUGGUGGAGGUGUCCUUGGGGGAGGAGCAGUACCCCGUGGACCCCCAGCAGGAGACCAACACAGACUUUCAGAAGCAGGGAUGCCAUGCCUUCUACGCCGACCUCUUCCAGGAGCCUCACAUCAGUGGCCUGGGCAUCAGCUACCAGAGUUACGCGCCGCCCAGCCUCAGCAGUCCGGCCCUGGAGUUCUCGCUGACUCUCCUCCGCAUUGCCCUUCUGGAGGAAACCUUCUCUUUGGGGGCUACUGGCAAAGCCAACAAGACAGUGUUGGUGGAGGCAGCCCGUGGUGUGCUGAAGGAGGACCUUGCCAUGGGUCUGCUGUUGCUGCUGUCACUGCGGGAGGUGGAGGAGGCGAGGGCGGUGCUGGCGGCUCUCCCUCGCACUGAUGUGUCCCUGCAGGUGACCCAGUACUACGCCGCCCUGCAGCUGUACACCCGCCUGCACCCAUGGACACAGCCUGGCAUCGCCCCAGCCUUCCUGCACCCCCCUCAGGACGUCAUUGCAGCGGUGGCGGCAGCAGUUGACUCAGGUGCAACAACUAGACUGGGCCAGGAAACAGAGCCCUUAGUGGAGUUGUUCAGGGCCACCCAAGGCCUGGUGGAGGACUACAUGCAGGGCCAGGCCUUGCGGCGCCUCGGGGCCGGUGUGGACAUGGCCCGCUUCCUUGCAGACGCUGGGUACAAGGAAGAUACAGUGCUUGGCCUGGCCCUGACACUGGAGGCAGAGGUGCUGGAGCUGGCCGUAGCACUGGCCAAGAAGUACCAGGUGUCUCUGUGGGAGGUGAACAUGGCUCACCUCCAGCACCUCUUCUCCUCCGGCCUGGAAACAGAGGAGGUGAGGCAAAGGGUGGCCGAGCAGGACCUAGUGACCACCCUCUCGGAACGGCCCGAUGACUUCACUACACGAAUGGAAGAGACUGUCCUGCCAGCCAUUGAUGGGAAGGACCUGGACAGACUGCUGUUGUACUACACCCUGCUGGAGUCCUCAACACAGGGCGCCUCAGAGCAGCAGGCAGCAUCACACGUCAGACUCCUGAAGAAGCUAAAGGGGGCUGCAAAUGGCCUGGACUACAAGUUACUGUUACAGCCAGACUCUGACCCGUUGGAAACACUGCGGCCGGUGCUGACAGCCGGAAAUGUGGGGGUGCUGGCCAAGGCAGUGCAGGGGGUGCCGGGGCGGGGCGGUGCGGGGCUGGAGCCAAGCACUGUGUAUUGUGCCUGGGCACAGAAACACUUCUUUGAUCUGCCCAAGGAACACAAGCUGAAGACUGUGAGUGACUGGGUGCACAGGUAUGAGGCGUGUGGGGAGUACCUGCAAAAGAUGACAGCCCAGGAUGCCCUUAAGUUCCUGCGGCAGCUUGUCCUCUCAGAAACUGGUGCCUCAAAGGUUCCUCUGGAGGCAAGAGCUGAGAUGACAAGGAGGGCACUUAAGUUUUGUCGACAGCAGCAGAGUAAACAGAAGUUUACUGAGGAUGAGGAAGGCUGGAUGCUGCAGCAGAGUGACGACCCACGCCUCAGGGACUAUGCCAGGAGGUUCGCUCAGACAGGAGGAGAUGAGAAAGAGCUGCAGUGUGUGGCUUGUGCGGUGUUGCUGGAGGGCGGGGAGCUGGGCCUGUUGCAGGAGGUGCUGGCAGUGUUCCCUGAGCAGGCAGCCACCACCCCUGAAGACAUCAUGGUGCAGACCUUGAAGCAGCUCCUGGCCCAGUGGAGGACAGGGGCCCACCAGAUGAGCUUACCUGAAGGGAGGAGCCAGGUGAGUGUGCUGGACCACCUCCUUCUACAGGUGCACACUUACCUGGAGGAGGGCGGGGAGCUGCUGGCAGAGGAGGAGGUGCUGGAGGAGGUGCGGGAGCUGUGUGGGGACGAGGAGGUGGCUCUGGAGGCGCGGGUGGAGGUGCUGACAGUGGCUGAGAAGCACCUAUCCCUGAGUGAGGAGGACCUGCAGCUGGUGAGGGUGAUGAGGACAGGAGGUGUGGUGGCUGGGGCCUGGCCAGGGGAAGUGGUGGCACCUGAACAGCUGGCUUCAAGUGAGGCUCGGGCUGCCCUCCUGACAUCCCUCGCUGCCUCCACCUCCUCUCCAGCUCAGGCAAAGGCUCUUGUGCACCUCCUCAAUCUGUGGCCGCCCUUUGAUGCACAGGAAUACAACAGCAUGACGACCAAUCCAUGGCUGACAGUGCUCAACAAGGUGGUGGAGGUGACCCAGGAUGACCCAGCUGGCCUGCAGGUGGUGUGGGAGGCGGCACAGCAGGCUCAUAGUCUUGGCCAGCUGUCGGGGGAGUGCCUGGCAGAGCUGGUGGGGACACUGCAGGGGCUGGGGCGGGGCGGCCUGCGGUGCUGCUGCAAGGUGGCGCUGCUGUCCCCUGACCCUGAGGUGCACCGAGCCGUGGUGGAAGGCAUCACUGCACUGGAGGAGGUGACAGAGGCAGACUAUGAUGGGGAGCUUCUGAACAAGAUCGUGUCCCAAGGGUUGGUGACCCCCCUGGUUUCCACGCCCCUGUAUGGACCCCUUGUGACGCACCUGGUGGAGAGUGCAGACCCAGAUGCAGUGGAGCAGGCAGUGGAGCAGCUGAGUGAGGCAGGACACCCACGGGAGGCAGCAAGCUUAGCCUGCCGCACCACCUCCCUGCCUAGGACACUGUUGACGGCUGCUGCUGCUCUCAAGACAUACAGAAGAUGGCUCUGA